CAUUGCAGAUAGCGAUGAUGCUAACCCCCGCGUCAUGUUGGCCGAUGGUCCAAUGGCGAGGCGUUGACGCCGCACGGCGAGUCCAAACAAGUCCAGACUACUGCACGCAUUCGCAUCCUGCACAUGGGUUAUUGGCCCCGGAUUUGCGCCUCGUCGAGUUCUGGCUGGCGAUAAGAACCAUCUGCAGACAGUUUGAACUGGACGAAUAUGGGGAACUCUCUCUGCGUUGUGGGGUAUUCGACGAUGCGAUGAUUGAUUCUAUUUACAUGGCAGGCAGGGCCGUUCACUUGAUAUCCGUUGCCAGAGGAGAGAGUUAUACAGCAGUAGAUAUUACACUCCCUCCUCCUACAGGGUCUAGUAUAUAGUAUGGACGUCUCCACGAUGCAACUUAGUAUGUCAUCUGCAUCUCUCUAGAACGAUUCGUUACCUUCGAAAAGAGGCGUAUUACACCGCAGGCCUUCUCGUACACACACUGCAUCAAGACUUGCUCCAAUCAUGUUCACAUGGAGGGCGGCCCCAUUGAACUGUCUGUCUGUCUAUGAGGCAUAUAUAUAUAUAUUCACGAAGCCACUCCAAACUCAAGUUAAAUCCCUCAAGUGGAUCAUUACAAACGAGAAACUGUUCCGAAAAACACCUCAUAAACCUGCAAUACACCACCUACAGCAUAUUCCGUCCAACAACCAUUGUGCACACGGCAGAGCUUCAGUUUCACCGCUUGCCUUGGAAGUUGACAUGUGAAGCCUUCCCGAUAUGGGUUAGCGUUGGAGCAAAAAAUAUACACCACUUACCCCUCAAACUGUAUAGCAGAAAAUCCAAACCAUGGCAGAGACUCGAAGGCAAUCAGACAAUGGAAAUAUUAGCAGCGCCUCAACACUGCAGACAGCUUCACCGACAUCUCGACAGCUGAAGCGACCUUGGCAUUCACCCAUUGAUCAAUCACGGUCUGAUCUCUGUAUGCACAAUAACACCCUUUCACUGCAGCGUUGAGCCUCAACGACCAAUGACGAUGCAACCAACCAAACAACCCCGCCAACCUAGUUAGCCCCGCUCGCCCAUCCUGCAGGUGCCCUCGAUCGCGCCCGGAGGGAAAAAAAUUGAAGGCUGAAAAAAAAAAAGAGAAAACCUUUCACGCACCAUUUCUCCUCCUCCUCCUCCUCCCUCACCACCCUCCCCCCUCUUCAUCAUUCAUUAGCCCGGCAGCCUCGUCUCUUCUGGCUUCUGAAGCCUCGGAGCUGUCAAUCGCACUCCAACUCUACCCGUCAUGGCCCACCACAGCGACGAGAGCCAUAACAUGGCUCUGGAGCUCCAGGAUGGCUACGUCUGCUUCGGCCAGAGCUUCGGUGCUGACAAGAGCAUUGCUGGUGAAUUGGUCUUCCAGACGGGCAUGGUGGGCUACCCCGAGUCCAUCACUGACCCCUCCUACCGCGGCCAGAUUCUCGUCGUCACAUUCCCCCUCGUCGGCAACUAUGGUGUGCCCUCUCGCGACGAGAUGGACAGCCUGCUCAAGGACGUGCCCGCCUACUUCGAGUCCAGAGAGAUCCACAUCGCUGGUCUCGUCGUGGCAGCGUACGCCGGAGAGGAAUUCUCACACUACCUUGCCACCUCGUCCUUGGGCACAUGGUUGAAGGAGCAAGGUGUUCCAGCCAUUACCGGUGUGGACACGCGAGCACUUACCAAACGCAUCCGAGAGGAGGGAAGCAUGCUGGGACGUCUGCUUAAGCGAACUGCACCCUCCCCCAUCUCCACCUCCCUCACCGAAGGCGCUGUCAACACACAAGAGCUGGCUGAAGAAGUCGAGGAGAUCGAUUGGAGAAAGGAAUUCGAGGCCCUUGAAUGGGAAGACCCCAACAAAAAGAACCUUGUGGCUGAAGUGUCGAUCAAGGAGCCCAAAAUCUACUCCCCCGACCCUUCGAAUGCUCUCAAGCACCCCUCGGGCCGUCCCGUACGUGUCUUGUGCGUUGAUGUCGGUCUCAAGUUCAACCAACUGCGCUGCCUUGUAAAGAGGGGAGUCGAAGUCCAGAUAGUACCCUGGGACUAUGACUUCCCUAAGCUCGCCGGCAAAGAAUAUGACGGUCUCUUCAUUUCGAAUGGUCCCGGUGAUCCUGCCAUGAUGGAACCUACAGUGCGACACAUCAAGGCAGCCAUGGACGAGGCACGAACACCCAUCUUCGGCAUUUGCUUGGGACACCAGCUUCUUGCACGAGCCGCUGGUGCCCAGACACUCAAGAUGAAGUUCGGUAACCGCGGCCACAACAUUCCCUGCACAAGUUUGCUCUCGGGCAAGUGCCACAUUACAUCACAAAAUCACGGUUAUGCGGUCGACUCCAAGACACUGCCAACCGGCUGGGAAGAGCUAUUCGUGAAUGCAAACGAUGGCAGCAACGAGGGUAUUCGCCACGUCAAGAGGCCCUACUUCAGUGUUCAAUUCCAUCCCGAGCACACUCCCGGCCCCCGCGAUACCGAGUAUCUCUUCGAUGUCUUCAUCAGCACCAUUCAGAAAUCAAUCAAAUCUUCUGAUAUGCUCUCGAAGCCCGUCGAGUUCCCCGGUGGCAAUGCCGAGGAGAACAAGAAGCUCGCGCCUCGUGUCAACGUCAAGAAAGUUCUCGUUCUUGGAAGUGGUGGUCUUAGCAUCGGCCAGGCCGGAGAAUUCGAUUACUCUGGCAGCCAAGCUAUCAAGGCUCUCAAAGAGGAAGGCAUCUACACCGUCUUGAUUAACCCAAACAUCGCUACUAUUCAGACUUCGAAGGGUCUUGCCGAUAAGGUGUACUUCCUCCCUGUCACUGCCGACUUCGUUCGCAAGGUCAUUAAAGCUGAACGACCAGACGGUAUCUAUGUCACGUUUGGUGGCCAAACUGCUCUGCAGGUCGGAAUCGCCCUCAAGGAUGAAUUCGAAGGCCUUGGCGUCAAAGUGUUGGGUACUCCCAUUGACACCAUCAUCACCACUGAAGAUCGUGAGCUAUUCGCUCGCAGCAUGGAGUCAAUUGGAGAAAAGUGUGCCAAAUCAGCUUCUGCCAACAAUAUCAAGGAAGCCAUGGAAGUAGUCAAAGACAUUGGCUUCCCUGUCAUUGUUCGAGCUGCUUACGCGCUUGGUGGUCUCGGUAGUGGUUUUGCUGAGAAUGAGACUCAACUGCUUGACCUUUGCGAGAAGGCAUUUGCCGCCAGUCCCCAGGUUCUCAUAGAACGAAGCAUGAAGGGCUGGAAAGAGAUCGAGUACGAAGUGGUACGAGACUCUCAGGACAACUGCAUUACUGUUUGCAACAUGGAAAACUUCGAUCCGCUGGGCAUUCAUACCGGUGAUUCAAUCGUUGUUGCACCUUCGCAGACAUUGUCGGAUGAAGACUACAACAUGUUGCGGACUACUGCUGUCAACGUUAUUCGUCAUCUCGGUGUGGUCGGUGAGUGCAACAUUCAAUACGCGCUCAACCCUUUCUCCCGAGAGUACUGCAUUAUCGAAGUGAACGCUCGUCUCUCUCGUUCAUCCGCCCUUGCCUCCAAGGCAACUGGCUACCCACUCGCUUUCGUCGCUGCCAAAUUGGGCUUGAACAUCCCCCUCAAUGAAGUCUCCAACUCUGUUACGCGUGUCACUUGCGCUUGCUUCGAGCCAUCCCUUGAUUACGUCGUCGUCAAGAUUCCACGAUGGGACUUGAAGAAGUUUAUGCGCGUCUCCACUCUACUCGGUUCUUCGAUGAAGAGUGUCGGAGAAGUGAUGAGCAUCGGCAGGACGUUCGAAGAAGCCAUGCAGAAGGCCAUCCGCGCCAUUGAUCCUAAUAACCUGGGUUUCAACGAAACUGCUGCAUUGAUGCAAAUCGAUGAAGAGUUGCAGACUCCAUCUGAUCAACGAUUGUUCGCCAUUGCCAAUGCUAUGAAGGCCGGGUACAGUGUGGACAAGAUCUGGGAGAUGACCAAGAUCGACAAGUGGUUCCUGAGCCGUCUCAAAGACCUCAGCAACUUCGAGAAAGAUAUGUCCAAGUUCACCACAGCAAGCAUUACGAAGCCAUUGCUUCGACGUGCAAAACAACUUGGAUACUCAGACCGCCAACUGGCCAAGUUCUGGGCCUCUAACGAACUGGCAGUGCGACGCACGCGUGUAGAUGCUGGCAUCGUGCCAUUCGUCAAGCAGAUCGAUACAGUGGCUGCAGAGUACCCUGCCGUCACUAACUAUUUGUACAUGACGUACAACGCCACCGAGAGUGACAUCAAUUUCAACGACCGAGGCUUCAUGGUACUAGGCUCUGGUGUAUAUCGCAUCGGUUCAUCGGUCGAAUUUGAUUGGUGUUCAGUGCGCGCUAUUCGCACUUUGCGUGAACAGGGAUUCAAGACUGUCAUGGUCAACUACAACCCCGAGACCGUAUCCACUGAUUACGAUGAGGCGGACCGCCUUUACUUUGAAGUCAUCAGUCUCGAAACAGUCUUGGAUAUCUACGCUAUGGAGAACGCAAGUGGUGUCAUCAUCUCCAUGGGUGGGCAAACUCCCAACAAUAUUGCCUUGCCUCUUCACCGAUUGAACGUCAAGAUCCUCGGCACAUCUCCUGAGAUGAUUGAUACUGCUGAGAAUAGAUGGAAGUUCUCAAGGCUUCUAGACCGUAUUAAUGUUGAUCAACCAGCUUGGAAGGAGCUCACCAGCAUCGAGGAGGCUACUGAGUUCUGCGAAAAAGUCUCCUACCCUGUGCUUGUGCGACCAUCCUACGUUCUCUCUGGAGCAGCCAUGAAUACUGUCUACUCCCGAGAUGAUCUUGCCAACUACCUCAAACAAGCUGCCGAUGUAUCCCGUGAACACCCCGUGGUGAUCACCAAGUACAUCGAGAACGCCAAAGAAAUUGAGAUGGAUGCGGUUGCCCGAAAUGGUGCCAUGAUCGGCCACUUUAUUUCUGAGCAUGUUGAGAACGCGGGUGUUCACUCUGGUGACGCAACUCUGAUUCACCCCCCACAAGAUCUGGACCCAGAGACAGUACGCCGCAUCGAAGACGCUACCAGGAAGAUCGGAAAUGCGCUCAAUGUCACCGGCCCGUACAAUAUCCAAUUCAUUGCAAAGGAUAAUGACAUCAAAGUCAUUGAAUGCAAUGUCCGCGCCUCACGAUCGUUCCCCUUCGUCUCCAAGGUCACUGGUGUCGAUCUUAUCGAAUUGGCUACUAAAGCGAUGGCUGGGCUUCCCCUCCAAGACUACCCACCCACCAACAUGCCGAAUGACUUUGUUGCCGUCAAGGUCCCUCAAUUCUCAUUCUCUCGACUCUCUGGUGCCGAUCCUGUGCUCGGUGUUGAGAUGGCAUCGACUGGAGAGGUGGCCUGCUUCGGUCGUACCAAAUACGAAGCUUACAUGAAGGGGCUUAUCGCCACUGGAUUCAAGUUGCCGGAAAAGAACGUGUUGCUGUCUAUUGGAUCCUUCAAAGACAAGCUAGAGAUGCUUCCCUCGAUCGAACGUCUGCACAAGAUGGGAUUCAACCUUUUCGCCACUGCUGGUACAGCCGAUUACAUCCAAGAGCACGGUUUUCCUGUCAAGUUCUUGGAAGUGUUGUCUAGCAGCGACCACGAUGCGCAGAAGCCAGAAUACUCCUUGACCCAGCACUUGUCGGACAAGAAGAUUCACCUUUACAUCAACUUGCCAUCCAGCAAUCGAUUCAGGCGACCUGCCAACUACGUCAGUAGGGGAUACAGAACCCGCCGCAUGGCGGUCGACUUCCAAAUCCCGCUUGUAUCUAAUGUCAAGAACGCGAAGCUGCUUAUUGAAGCCCUUUCCCGUCACUACGAUCUAGAGGUUAGCAAGGUUGAUUACCAAGAAUUCGACUCGGCACCGGGCUCUGAAGGAGCGUCCUUGAUGCGACAGCACGGAAUGAACAGCUCUCUCUCGCUCUCGCAGUUGCUGGCCAAGUCCCCUUUCAAGGGCAAGCACAUCACCUCUGUCAAGCAGUUUUCUCGCGCCGACCUUCACUUGCUGUUCACAAUCGCCCAAGAGAUGAGACUUGGUGCUCAACGCCAGGGCUGCCUUGACGUCCUCAAGGGCCGUGUGCUGUGCACCAUGUUCUUCGAGCCUUCUACUCGAACAUCUGCAUCCUUCGAUGCCGCAAUGAAGCGCUUAGGUGGUGAAGUGGUUGUGAUCAACGAAUCUGUUUCAUCUACCCAAAAGGGCGAGACUAUUGCCGACAGCGUGCGAACUCUUGGAUGCUACACCGACGCCAUCGUCCUCCGACACCCGAAGGAGGAUGCGAUCGACAUCGCAACCAAGUUCUCCGAUGUUCCCAUGAUCAACGCAGGAAAUGGCAGUCGUGAGCACCCUACCCAGGCUAUCUUGGAUAUCUUCACCAUUCGUGAAGAGCUGGGAACGGUCAACGGUUUGAACAUCACAUUCGUUGGUGACCUCAAGUACGGACGCACGGUGCACUCUCUUUGUGAACUCCUAUCCCAUUACGAUGUCACCAUCAACCUGGUAUCACCAGAGUCUCUUCCGAUGCCCAACACCGUCCGUGAGGGGCUCAAGUCACGAGGUCAGCUCAACAUUGUGUCGAACGAGUUGACUGACGACAUCGUCGCCCACUCGGACGUCCUAUACUGCACUCGUGUGCAGAAGGAACGCUUUGCGGACUUGGCAAGCUACGAACGUGUCAAAGACUCUUUCGUGGUCAAUAACCAAGUCUUGAAGAAGGCGAAGACGGCCAUGAUCGUGAUGCACCCGCUACCAAGGAACAAUGAGAUCCAUGAGGAGGUGGACUUUGAUCCUCGUGCGGCUUAUUUCAGACAGAUGAGGUACGGCUUGUACACGCGCAUGGCUUUGCUUGCCAUGGUCAUGGCCCAGUAG